AUGGAGCCGUCGGGGACCAACCAGGGGAUAAUGGCUGGGCAAUCGGGGGUUCCAGUCACGCAGACGUUUUCGAGUAAUGUUGGCAGUGCACCAGGCGACAUGACAGCCCCGGUGAGCGCGGAAUCGUCGUUUAUUUCAAUGCCUUUCCUCAAGGCGCUUGGCGGAGGACUUCAGAAGAAAACGAGAGACGGGCAGCCUCCAAAACGGCGAGGCCCGAAGCCGGAUAGCAAGCCAGCUCAGACUCGACGCCAGGAAUUGAAUCGACAGGCCCAGAGAACCCACCGAGAAAGAAAGGAACAAUAUAUCCGGGCCUUGGAGAUUGAGAUUUCGCGCCUCCGGGAAGGUUAUGCGAACGAUAUAAAUUCGGCCAACAUGUCUCUCCACCAGCAAAGACAAACCCUAGAAAGCCAAAAGGAAGAGAAUAGGAUCCUGAGGGAGAUUCUGCUCUCGCAUGGUUUCAAUGUUGAUGCUGAGCUGGAGCAGCGUAGAGGCAUGACCCGGGCCGGGAGUCAACGGAGUUACCAAGAGAGCAGCGCCCAGUCGCACUCUGCUGGUUACCCAAGUGGGACCCACUACAUGACUCCGGAUACGACUGUCUCAGCGGGUAGAAGUCCGGGUGCCCCGGGAUCGGAUUUUGCAGAUGCGCAGCCUACCUCUUCGCCGUAUUCAUACCAAGGGCCGAAGACCCAGAAGAGCUGCCAGCCAGCAAUAUCGAGCGAAAUAAGUAUCCCGAGUGGCGACAACUCCACCGUUGCCGAUAUUCCCGGCAUAUUUGACCGCGAUCCGCAAUUGGGGAUCGAUUUUAUCCUCACACUCGAAGGACAAUGCAGAGAUCACAUAGAGCGGCUAUGCCGGCGUGCUCAUGAUGCAGAGGACCAGGACAUGGUCGCCGGCCAUAUUCUAAUGGCGACAUGCCCGCCGCCCUCGGUGGUUGCGAGUGCCAGUAGAGGCUAUGAAUACCCGGUGAAAACAUAUGAUCUUCCGCCAGCUAAUCUUAACACCCUGCUUAAUCUCAGCCGACAACUCGUAACGGACAACGAAAUUACCCCAAUCAUGGCACUACAAUCACUGAAAAACCACGAAAUGUAUCAUCUAUUAACGAAAGAUGAUAUAAGACGAGUUAUGGAUGACCUUGUAGCCAAGGUCCGCUGCUAUGGAUUUGGUGCUGUUCUCGAAGAAUUCGAGUUUAGAGAUUCACUGAAUAGUGUGCUGGGGAGCAAAAUGGAACCAGCGAUAAUGCAAGCGGAGGGAUACUUAGCCUUCCGCCCCGCCCAUGUGGCGGAGGACUAUACGAUGUAUUCAUGA